CUUAAAUCCGACAACAUGAAGGUCUUACUGGUAUUGUCGAUAUUGGCCUUAGCCAUUGCUUCCUCAUAUGCAGAGGUCAAAUCUGCUGAGGAUCUCAGUGUCUUUGGUUACCAUAAGCGAUUUGGUAUCCCAGAAGCAGCUAAAAUCAAGAGGACCGAAGAAGAUGCCGCUAAAGCUGGAUAUUCUCACGGGAGGAUUACGAAUGGAAAUGUAACGGACAUUUCAAGAAUACCUUAUCAAGUUGGUUUGGUCAUCCAAGUUUUAUUUAUCUUCCAAUCUGUAUGUGGCGGCAGUCUCAUUAGCAAUACCCGUGUUAUCACAGCUGCCCAUUGCCACCACGAUGGACAAAUUACUGCUCAGUUACAUACCGUUGUCCUUGGCUCAAACACUCUUUUCUCUGGUGGCGUUCGUGUUUCCACCACCAAUAUCGCCAUGCAUCCUCAAUGGAAUCCUUCAACUGCUUCUAACGAUAUCGCGGUUCUUCGUAUCAACCACGUUGCCUACUCUAAUGUGAUUCAACCAAUUGCUCUACCAAUUGGAGUGAAUAAUACUUUUGUGGGUUCAUUUGGCCUGGCAUCUGGAUUUGGGCGCACCGCUGACGGUGCACAGGGCAAUAUUCUACAGACUCAACGGGUUAGCUCCGUAAGUCUGCGAAUCAUUACGAACCAAGAGUGUGCUGGAGUUUUCGGACAGUUUGUUCUCAACUCCAAUAUCUGCACAAGCGGUGAGGGUGGCCGAAGCGUUUGCCAGGGCGAUUCUGGUGGUCCUUUGGCUGUGACGUCCAACAAUCAGACAUAUUUGGCUGGUGUAACAUCCUUUGGAGCUGCCGCUGGUUGUACACUUGGCUUCCCAGCGGCUUUCGCAAGGGCUCGUAUUGAGCACAUUGCUCCUGCUGAGAUGAAGCUAGUCCUUGCGUUAACGUUGAUUUCAUUUGCAUAUGGUGCCUUUGAAAAGGCACCAUAUUCCGAUGUUGGGAUGUACGACUUCCAUCGCAAGAUAGGCAUGUUCGAAGCUGACAGAAUAAGGGAACUUGAAAAAGAUGUCUCCACGAGUGAAAGGGUCGCAGGUGGUGGUACCACUACCAUUGGAUUAGUUCCUUUUCAGGCUGGCCUAAUCAUCACAUUCAGGUUCAUCUUCCAAUCAGUAUGCGGCGGUACUAUAAUCACCGAUACAAAAAUCUUGACUGCAGCUCAUUGUUACAAUGAUGGCGUCAGCAUUGCUCAGUCCAUCACAGUCGUAGUCGGCUCCAACUUCAUCUUCGCUGGUGGCACCAGAUUGACAGCCAGUGGCGUAGCCAUGUAUCCAGGGUACAAUCCUAGUAUCGCAGCCAACGACUUAUGUGUACUUUAUGUGCCAAGGAUUUCGUUCACCCGUGAUUCAGUAGGCUUGACUCAAAACGUUGGCUCAGUGAACUUGAUAGUGAUCUCCAAUGCCGACUGUCAAAGAGUCUACGGGAACCUGAUCCAAAGCUCUCAUUUGUGUACAAACGGCGCUGGUGGACAAGGCAUCUGCCGCGGAGACACUGGUGGUCCUUUAGUAGCAACCGUUAAUAGAAGACGAAUCCUUAUCGGCAUUGGUUCAUUUGUUUCAUCAGCCGGCUGCCAAGCUGGUCAUCCUUCAGGAUUCUCUAGAGUUACAUCUUUCGUUCCCUGGAUUAAUUCAACAUAAUGACUACCUUUACUUACAAUUCCAAUGAAUCGGCUGUUGUUAUCAAUAAAUACCAUUAAAUAAGAUUAUACAAAAUGUUUUUCACAAGAAAUUAUCAUUACACUACUUUUUUAAUGUUUUUUUUUUGUAUCGUUGCAAUAAAGUCCUUAAGUGUAAAUAAAUCUAUUGUAAGACCCUACCGACUUACCAGCAGCAUUUUUCCUGGCAAUGCAACUUUAUGGAGAAUGUCACAGAGUAGAACCUUUAGCAGCAUAGUAGUCUAAUUUAAUACAACCAAUGACCUGUACUCCAAGCACAAACUUCGACAAACUAACAUAGCUAAGACUAACAUAGUACAUAA